GUGAUCAAGCUGCAGUUGGUGGAGGCGGGCCUUGUGGAGUGUCUGUUCGACGUGGUGGCUCACACCGUGGACGGGGAGAGGGAGGAGGAUGUGGCCCAGCUCAAGACUGCUUCCGAUCUGAUGGUGCUGCUGCUGCUGGGAGGUACUACACACACACAUCACGGUUUUCGUUAGCCGGCAAUUGCAGUCUUUUGGGCCAAAAAAUUAUAUGAGAAGACAGUAAAUACAAAUUACCGGGAGAAGAAAAACCGGGAGGUUCUAAAACAAACGGACAACUAGGAAAAGCUCAAACCAAGUUUAUUCACCCACUGGAUCAAACAGCUGAAAAGACAAAGACAUAUUUACACCAGCUCUGGUAUUUAAACCUUCCUCCUAUGCUGAGUCUCCUCUUUACACAUCUGGACAGCCAAAUACAUCUAUGUUGCUAGACAUGACUUUAGUGAUGCCUGUUCUUUCUCACUUAAUCUGACAUGACCUCGUCCCAAAUUCCUCACGGCUGUCCUGUUGACUGGAACCAGACUGUGGUAUCCAUAGGAUACCUGAUGUCUAACAAUAACAUGUUCUGACACAAUGUAAACGUUCUGCAUUCCCCUCUCUCCCUCAGUAACAUAAGGAUAUUUCAAGUGUAGAAGUCAGAACCCAUCAAUAGGGUCAUUUGCAUAAUUUAGUGGAAUUAAAUUGGCCUGUGUGUGUUUUCGUUAGUCAUCGUGUAUCUUAGUUAUACAACACACCUAUCAAACGCUCACAGCAUACAGAGCCUAUUUUGAGCGGGAUUUCUCCUGCAGCUCCUCAGCUGGUUUCUGCUGGAGUAAAACAUGCUUUUGUAAGCAUACACCAAGUUCCUAUUCAUCCUUCAUUGACCCCAACAUAUACAUUCCUUAUACAUGUAAAGUCAUCUAUAAGUUAUAGUAUGGUAACAUUAAGUAUAUUUCAGGAUAGAAUCCAACACCAUUCAAGUGCAGGCAACAGGAUAUCGUCGCGUCACCAACCACUUUACAAUGUGAGCUGGAGGCAGUAUGCAUUUUGAAAACAUACUAUGAGGCAUGUCUCCAUGGUAGGAUUUUGCCUAUAGGCUCCUUUGAAGCAAGGUAAGACAUGCCUCAUAAUCUGAAAUAAAACAUUAAGGUUUCAAACAGUUAAGUGUGUUUUAAAAAUGCUUCAAAGACUUCAUAGGCAGCGCGUGAGUUUCAAGUUUGGGGAAGCUUACAAUUGAUCCUACCAUUUCUACCAGUUAUGAUUUUAAUAUGCGCAUUUUCGUGGAACAGUUUCAUUUCAAUAAUAACAUUAUGGUAUCUCAAAAUCAUUGCGUGGUUAAUCAUAAAAAUCAGAAUUUAAAAUUGAUAAAAAUCAAAAAGUUAAGUCAACUAAUGCAAGAUUGCCAGCUUCUGGGGAGACUCUCCUAUAUCUUCGCCACACACCCCUCCCCCUUGUCUCAACAUUUGAAAUUAUACUCGACACAUUAUCUUCACAUAUUUUAUAUGCUUUUCACUGACAGCCGCAACUCAAAAAUCAGCUAGGCCUAUUGCCACACGCGCUGCACAAAUUCCAGUCUUUCCAAAUAGCAAUAGACCUACGAACUUGUGAUUUGAAACAAUCCGCAGCUAUUUUUGUUAAAGAAGCUAAUGAUCCUCGAUUCCUCUGUGGCUAAGUCGUGCUUUCUGGUGAAGUAUUUUGAAUGAUUUUAUUUAUUUCUGUAUAGACAGGAGUAAUUAUAUAAUUUUGGCAGAUGUAUUUCUAUUUACUGCCCUAUUGGACCCACAGCUAUGUCAUUUCUCUCCUGGUUCUAUUGGUUUUCAUAUCAACUUUCUUUCGUGGUCCAGAAGCCAAAGGCACAAUUCUAGUCAUAUUUGCAACCCCAUCCUAGUUGUUGCAUCUUUAGAUUCCCCCUCUAAGUUUCUAACAACGAUUUUUCCGUUUUUCAAGCAUGUACUUCAUCAGGCCAAAUGACAGACAGGGAGAAAUAGAGUGAGAGAGUGACUAAGAAAAGUGUAGGAAGAAAGAGCAGGUUGGAGAAGGAAGGAAGAGAUUAGGGAAUGAAAAGACAGGUGUGGGACGAUGAAGUCUUCAGAUGGAUUCAGCCUCACUUUGAGCGGAAUGAUGGAGAAUACAUUUUUCAUCCAUUUGAGAAUAUUUUAUGACAACCGAAUGUAACUGAGAAUGUUUCAUUUGUUCUGAACAGAACUACUCUUUUUUUUUUUUUUGGUUUCGUUCCACUGUUCCGACCAACAAAGUACUGGUUUAUUUUGUGCCUUUCUGUUCCUUUCAUAACCUUUUAAUUUUUUAAAUUUGGCUCAUUAAAUUACUUCACCACUCAGUGCGGAUAGAGCAGCUUGCUAUGGGCAAGCUAGUUGUUAUAUGCGUGAUGGACAGACAAGUGUAGGGCGCGAGAUGCGACUGAAGAUGUGCGGGUGGGGGAGAUGGUAGAGGACAAUGCUUGGCUAGGUCUCGUCUCUGAGGGAUGAUCCUCAGAGCCAGAUUCUGAUGACAGGUUGCCGUAUCCUGGGUUGCUGGCAUGCUGGGACUGAUUUUUUAAAAUGCUCAUACUUUUAAAAUAAUGUUUCUGUUCCGGAACAGUAUAGAUCAUUUUCGUUCCCGUUUCUGUUCCUCAAAACAUAGCAUUCUACUAGCCUUCCAAUCUUCUCUUACCACUUCCAGUUAUACUGAAGCCAAGAAGUAGGACAUUUAUCCUGUAACAUUUUCUGCCAGAAACAUGCAUGCUUAUUUGUGUGAGUGACAUUUGUGUGUGUGUGGUCUGUGUUUUUUUGUUUAGUAAAUAACUGCUGUGACAUUUUAUUUAUGGCCUCUCUCCCCUCUGAUGCAGUAGGCAGGUGUUUGUGUUGACACAUCUCUCUCUCCUCAGAUGAGUCCAUGCAGAAGCUGUUUGAAGCGGGCAAGGGCAGCGUGUUUCAGAGGGUCCUGUCCUGGGUACCAUCCCACAACCACCAGCUGCAGUUGGCAGGGGCACUGGCCAUCGCCAACUUUGCCCGCAACGGUGAGGAGAUUACUGCACAUAUUGCCCAAAGUAACAGUAACAGUAUCCAGGCUCUGUCGUAGCCGGCCGCGACCUGGAGACCCAUGGGGCGGCGCACAAUUGGCCCAGUGUCAUCCAGGGUAGGGGAGGGAAUGGCCGGCAGGGAUGUAGCUCAGUUGGUAGAGCAUGGCGUUUGCAACGCAAGGGUUGUGGGUUCGAUUCCCACGGGGGGCCAGUAUGAAAAAAAUUAUGUAUGCACUCACUUAACUGUAAGUCGCUCUGGAUAAGAGCGUCUGCUAAAUGACUUAAAUGUAAAUGUAACAGCCCAGUGGGCAAACCUGAUGGAAAUUAAGUCAUUGCAAUGUUGAAAGGACAUCGUUGCCAUGUUGAAAUGACGGCGUUACCAAGUUGAAAUGUUGUUGAAAUGACGUUGUUGCAAUGUUGAAAUGACGUUGUUGAAAUGAUGCCGUUGCAAUGUUGAACUGACAUAAUUUCAACCAGUUUUGCCUGCUGGGAUAGGGAACCAACAAAAUAGGUUAUUCAGGAUAAAACUGCCUUGACCUGCCUUUAUAUUGACUGUAAUCCCAUCACUCAAACUGGAAACAUGUCAUGUAGAACAGAUACACUUCUCUCUCUAGUAGUAAGCACCACAACACCAGUAGAUCAGGGUCCGUGUUGCUCAGUUGGUAGAGCAUGGCGCUUGCAACGCCAGGGUUGUGGGUUCUAUUUCCACAGGGGACCAGUAUGAAAAUGUCUGCACUUACUACUGUAAAUCGCUCUGGCGUCUGCUAAAUGACUAAAAUAUAACUCAGAUUCUAGAAGUAUAGUGCAUUCGGAAAGUAUUCAGACCCUUUGACAUUUUCCACAUUUUGGUAUGUUACAGCCUUAUUCAAAAAUGUAUUACAUUGUUUUUUGUUUUUUUUCAUCAAUCUACACACAAUACCCCAUAAUGAAAAGGAAAAAACUGAAAUAUCUUAUUACAUAAGUAUUCAGACCCUUUACUCAGUAAUUUGUUGAAGCACCUUUGGCAGCGAUUACAGCCUUGAGUCUUCUUGGGUAUAACGCUACAAGCUUGGCACACCUGUAUUUGGGGAGUUUCUCCCAUUCUUCUCUGCAGAUCCUCUCAAGCUCUGUCAGGUUGGAUGGGGAGCGUCGCUGCACAGCUAUUUUCAGGUCUCUCCAGAGAUGUUCGAUCGGGUUCAAGUCCGGGCUCUGGCUGGGCCACUCAAGGACAUUCAGAGACUUGUCCCGAAGCCACUCCUGCGUUGUCUUGGCUGUGUGCUUAGGGUCGUUGUCCUGUUGGAAGGUGAACCUUCGCCCCAGUCUGAGGUCCUGAGCGCUCUGGAGCAGGUUUUCAUCAAGGAUCUCUCUGUACUUUGUUCUGUUAAUCUUUCCCUCGAUCCUGACUAGUCUCCCAGUCCCUUCCGCUGAAAAACAUCCCCACAGCAUCAUGAUGCAGCCACUACCAUGCUUCACCGUAGGGGUGGUGCCAUGUUUCCUCCAGACGUGACGCUUGGCAUUCAGGCCAAAUAGUUCAAUCUUGGUUUCAUCAUACCAGAGAAUCUUGUUUCUUAUGGUCUGAGAGUCCUUUAGGUGCCUUUUGGCAAAAUCCAAUCGGGCUGUUGUGCCUUUUACUGAGGCUUCCCUCUGGCCACUCUACUAUAAAGGCCUGAUUGGUGGAGUGCUGCAGAGAUGAUUGUCCUUCUGGAAGGUUCUCCCAUCUCUACAGAGGAACUCUGGAGCUCUGUCAGAGUGACCAUCGGGUUCUUGGUCACCUCCCUGACCAAGGCCCUUCUCCCCCGAUUGAUCAGUUUGGCCGGACGGCCAGCUCUAAGAAGAGUCUUGGUGGUUCCAAACUUCUUCCAUAUCUGUGCCUCGACACAAUCCUGUCUCGGAGCUCUACGGACAAUUCCUUCGACCUCGUGGCCUGGUUUUUGCUCUGACAUGCACUGUCAACUGUGGGCCCUUAUAUAGACAGUUGUGUGCCUUUCCAAAUAAUGUCCAAUCAAUUGAAUUUAACACCGGUGGACUCAAAUUAAGUUGUAGAAACAUCUCAAGGAUGAUCAAUGAAAACAAGAUCCACCCAAGCUCAAUUUUGAGUCUCAUAACAAAGGGUCUGAAAUACUUAUGUAAAUAAGGUAAUAAUGUUUUUAUUUUUAAUACAUUUGAAGAAAAAUCUAAACCUGUUUUCGCUUUGUCAUUAUGGGGUAUUGUGUGUAGGUUGAGGAUUUUUAUUUAUUUAAUCAAUUUUAGAAUAAGGCUGUAAUGUAACAAUGUGGAAAAAGUGAAGGAUUUGGAAUACUUUCCGAAAACACUGUAUAUAAUGUAGAACAGGGAAUUGGCUUUUGCACGUCCCUCCAUUUUCUUCCAGAUGUUUUUCCCCCCUAAUGAAAACCCACUGCCUCAGAGUGUGUUGAAUACUAGUCACAGGCCAUUUAGUCAUGGUAUUCCAUUACUCCGCUACACCACAGAGUUUCAUAAAACAUGUUUUCCUGAUUUAAAGUCUAUUGUGGUCCCCCACCCCCAGAUGGUAACUGCAUCCAGAUGGUGGAAUCCGGCAUCGUUCAGAAGCUGCAGGAGUUGCUGGAUCGCCAUGUGGAGGAGGGUAAUGUCACCGUGCAGCACGCCGCGCUCAGCGCCCUGCGCAACCUGGCCAUCCCUGGUGAGACUCCCAAGGCACUCCAUGCAUGAUUGAGUAUACUGUCAAUGUUCUACAGUGAGGGGAAAAAGUAUUUGAUCCCCUGCUGAUUUUGUACGUUUGCCCACUGAAAAAGAAAUGAUCAGUCUAUAAUUUUAAUGGUAGGUUUAUUUGAACAGUGAGAGACAGAAUAACAAAAAAAAAUCCAGAAAAACGCAUGUCAAAAAUGUUAUUAAUUGAUUUGCAUUCUAAUGAGGGAAAUAAGUAUUUGACCCAUCUGCAAAACAUGACUUAGUACUUGGUGGCAACACCCUUGUUGGCAAUCACAGAGGUCAGACGUUUCUUGUAGUUGGUCACUAGGUUUGCACACAUCUCAGGAGGGAUUUUGUCCCACUCCUCUUUGCAGAUCUUCUCCAAGUCAUUAAGGUUUCGAGGCUGACGUUUGGCAACUUGAACCUUCAGCUCCCUCCACAGAUUUUCUAUGGGAUUAAUGUCUGGAGACUGGCUAGGCCACUCCAGGACCUUAAUGUGCUUCUUCUUGAGCCACUCCUUUGUUGCCUUGUCCGUGUGUUUUGGGUCAUUGUCAUGCUGGAAUACCCAUCCACGACCCAUGUUCAAUGCCCUGGCUGAGGGAAGGAGGUUCUAAUGUUUCCACCUCCAUGUUUGACGGUGGGGAUGGUGUUCUUGGGGUCAUAGGCAGCAUUCCUCCUCCUCCAAACACGGCGAGUUGAGUUGAUGCCAAAGAGCUCGAUUUUGGUCUCAUCUGACCACAACACUUUCACCCAGUUCUCCUCUGAAUCAUUCAGAUGUUCAUUGGCAAACUUCAGACGGGCAUGUAUAUGUGCUUUCUUGAGCAGGGGGACCUUGCGGGCGCUGCAGGAUUUCAGUCCUUCACGGCGUAGUGUGUUACCAAUUGUUUUCUUGGUGACUAUGGUCCCAGCUGCCUUGAGAUCAUUGACAAGAUCCUCCCGUGUAGUUCUGGGCUGAUUCCUCACCGUUCUCAUGAUAAUUGCAACUCCACAAGGUGAGAUCUUGCAUGGAGCCCCAGGCCGAGGGAGAUUGACAGUUAUUUUGUGUUUCUUCCAUUUGCGAAUAAUCGCACCAACUGUUGUCACCUUCUCACCAAGCUGCUUGGCGAUGGUCUUGUAGCCCAUUCCAGCCUUGUGUAGGUCUACAAUCUUGUCCCUGACAUCCUUGGAGAGCUCUUUGGUUUUGGCCAUGGUGGAGAGUUUGGAAUCUGAUUGAUUGAUUGCUUCUGUGGACAGGUGUCUUUUAUACAGGUAACAAGGAGAUUAGAAGCAUCCCUUUAAGAUGUGUCCUAAUCAGCUCGUUACUGUUAAAAGAACCUGGGGCAGAAUCUUCUGAGAGAGGGGUCAAAUACUUAUUCCUCAUAAAUGCAAUCAUUUUAACAUUUUACAUGCGUUUUCUGGGUUUUAAAUAUAGACUGAUCUUUCUUGUCAUGGCAAACGUACAAAUCAGCAGGGGAUCAAUACUUUUUCCCUACUGAUUGACUCAUAGGUCGGCAAGUUUAAAUCAUCCCGUCAGAAUGCAUCCCCGCAUGUUUUUGUAAUCUGUUGGUGGGGGCAGGUCUUGGCAAACUACAACAAGUAAGGAAAGACUUGACUAGAAGUUAAGUUCCUCUUUUAGCCUUAGGUAAUAUUGUGAAAGUACAGAGAAUGUAUUUGGUGUCAGCAAGACUUAAUGAAGUGUAGAAACAAAGCAGAUUAUACAUCUCUGAGGAGGGAGAAAGUUUUGAAGGAUUUUUAUUGACAGUUAAUCUUUUAUUUAUUGGGUUACGGCUAUGCUGGGGACAUUACGCAUGCUCAUCGACACGCAAGGUAGAACAUCUUUAUAACACCUACAGUUGAAGUCGGGAAGUUUACAUACACCUUAGCCAAAUACAUUUCAACUCAGUUUUUCACAAUUCCUGACAUUUUAAUCCUAGUACAAAUUCCCUGUCUUAGGUCAGUUAGGAUCACCACUUUAUUUUAAGAAUGUGAAAUGUCAGAAUAAUAGUAGAGAGAAUUUUUUAUUUCAGUUUUUAUUUCUUUCAUCACAUUCCCACUGGGUCAGAAGUUUACAUACACUCAAUUAGUAUCUGAUAGCAUUGCCUUUAAAUUGUUUAUCUUGGGUCAAACGUUUCGGGUAGCCUUCCACAAGCUUCCCACAAUAAGUUGGAUGAAUUUUUCAGUGUAAACUUCCGACUUCAACUGUAUAUAGCACAUUUAAUACACUGUAAAAUAACUUCCUAAUGAUGCCCUAACCAUCGGUCUGUGCCGCAUGCUCUAUUUAAAUGGACCAGAAUCAGUCACAGGUGUGAAUGUUUCAACCCAUAAAUUCUGCAGAAAGAUAUAAAGGAACAUUUUCCGAAAUAGAGGCUAGAAGGCUUUCCUACUGAUGCUCUAAACUUGAAUUGUUCCGUACCUGACUCUUUGUCCUGAAAUUGAUCAGUAUCAACUGCAGGUGCAAAUUUUUUUUUUUAAUUAUUCAGCAUAGUUAGAUAGGAUUUUUAAAUAUUUUUUUACAGUCUUGUUCCAUCGCUGCAACUACGAACUCGGGAGAGGCGACGGUCGAGAGCCAUGCGUCCUCCGAAACACGACCCUGCCAAGCCGCACUGCUUCUUGAAACACUGCUCGCUUAACCAGGAAGCCAGCCGCACCAAUGUGUCGGCGGAAACACCGUACAACUGGCGACCGUAUCAGCCCGCCACAGCAGUCGCUAGAGCGUGAUGGGACAAGGACAUCCCGGCCGGCCAAACCCUCCCCUAACCCGGACGACGUUGGGCUAAUUGUGCGUCGCCUCAUGGGUCUCCCGGUCGCGGCCGGCUACGACACAGACUGGGAUCGAACCCGGAUCUGUAGUGACGACUCAAGCACUGCGAUUCUGUGCCUUAGACCGCUGCGCCACUCGGGAGGCCAUAGAUAGGAAAGUUAGAUAGGAAUGUACAGUCCACAAAAGAGGCUAUGAAUGCAAUAUGUUUUCUGCCAAACGUUGUUGAAUCUUCAUCAAAUAGUGGUUUGGUUGGGGAGGACCGGACAAGGCCAAGUGCAGUCCAGUUGGAUCCAAAGUGACAUGGAGAUCGAUGGCAUCCAUCUUUGAUUGAGUCGCUAUGGACCGGAGUGUCACAGUGAGAUGUUGACAGGGUGUUAAAAUAGCAGGCAACUCAACAUGAUAGGACAUUAUGACAAAUACGAGAAAGUACUCAUUGUUACCAAGAAUUGAACCAUUUUAAAUAAAAAUUCAAUUUUGGGGGGAAUCAUUUCAAGAACCCAGUCAUUUCAGUGUAUAUACCAGAGAGCUACCAAUUGUAAAUAGGGCUGUAAAAUAAAGCGUUACCUGUUGUUUUUUCCCCAGCGGAUGCGGCAGUCCAGCUGGGGACCAAUGCCAAGCUGGUGGCGUGUCUGGUAGAGUGGUGUGAGGCCAAGGACCAUGCAGGAGUCGUGGGAGAGUCCAACAGACUGCUCUCAGCUCUCAUCCGCCACAGCAAAUCAAAGGUUAGGGCCAGCUACAAUGGAAACACACACUGUGACUGGCUGGCUGGCAGGAUGUCUGACUGCGACCACAGAAUACAUCCUGACUCAUACCUGAACUGUUCUCUCUCUCUCACACACACACUGAAUUGAUAUGUUGUCUUUAGGUUUCAUUAUUCAUCAAGGGGAACAACGGAAUGUGAAUCAUGGUCUAACGAUCUUCCUUGUUGGUUCAUUCCUAGAGCUAGUGUUGGGAGUUCUGCUACAUUUCCCAUCUGGUCUCAUCUCAGGGAAGAAUGACUCCGGUGCAACUUGGACUGGUUUUCUCCUUCUAAUCUGUAUAUUUGUGACCUCCAGGCUCUAAAAGUGUCCGUCCUAUUUGCAGACCACUAGAUUGAAUAGAACCCCUGUGGCAGCACUAGAGAUGUCCUUCCUACGCACGGUACAAUAGUCAUGUAUCAUUUAGAGCAGGGGUGGACUGGCCUAGUGGCCUCUCCUGGAAAGUCACUGGGUGUGCAGGUUUUUGCUCCCACCCUGCUCGAACUAACACACCUGAUUUCAGCUAAUCAGUCCUGAUGAGUAGCGAUUUAGAAUUGUGCCCCAUUGAAAUGUCUUGUUUGUUCAUUUGUUUGUUUGUUUUGUGGUUUUAGGACGUCGUAAAAACAGUCAUCCAGGGGGCAGGCGUGAAGCACUUAGUAGUCAUGGCGACGAGCGAACACAUGAUCAUGCAGAACGAGGCGCUGGUGGCUCUGGGCCUCAUCGCCGGGUUGGACCUGGGUAAGGGUCAGGGGUCACCGUCAGGUUCAUGAUGUCACAGUGCAGCCUAAUUCUAACUACUGUGUUAGCCACAUGGUUUUGUAAGGGCCAGAUUGGUAGCACUUCCUUUGACAGAGCCUGGGUCGUGUUCAGUAGGGCAUACUGUAGUAAAAUGUUUAGAAAUUGAAAAAAAAACUGUUUCUAUUUCCAUGCUUACUGAACAUGACCCGAUGUAUUGCAUGGCUAGAAUCAACUGAAAGUAGUUUCAUGCACAGGGCGAGUUAGAACCAUACAAUGGAAAGCAAUUUGGACCUAGUGAGACGCACUGUAUAAAUGGAAUUCACUGUUGAAGCAUUUGUAACGGGGUGCUCAAUACACCCUUUCUCAGAAGCAAAGCAUUGACUCUGGUGGGGCAUUGAAAUGCAUUAAAACAAUUGGACAAAUGAGUCUGUCACUUACAGUAAGUGUGUUUUUCAUGGUUUCAGUGGGGGCUGAGAAGGACUUUGUCGGGGCUGGCCUGGUGCAGGUGCUCCACAAGCUGCUCUCAGACGAGAGGACCGCCCCGGAGAUCAAAUACAACUCCAUGAUCAUCAUCUGUGCGGUCAUGGGCUCAGGUAAAAGGGGCGGACACUUUGAAGACAUAAGACACAGCUUCUGCUCCAAUAUCCAAACUAAGGCAUAGCACAGAGUGGGAUACUAGUAUGGACAUUGGGAUGUAGCUGAAUGUUCUGGUUGAAAGAUUUCUGAAUGAGACCUGCUGUUCUCUUUCCCUCCUCCAGAGCCACUCCAUAAAGAAGUACAGGGCCUGGCCUUCAUCGACGUGGUCUCCAAGCUGCGGUCGCACGAGAACAAAACGGUGUCCCACCAGGCGUCGCUCACAGAGCAGAGGCUAACGGCACAAAGCUAAAGGACUCUAACUCCCACAAUCCCCCACUCCCCCCAAUGCCUGCCCCCCCUUCUCUCUCUCUCUCCAGAACCUCCCUAUGUGUGUCCCAUCGUCACGUGCCAAGGUAUCCUGUCCCUUUCCCCUGUCAACAGCCAGCUGCUCCAGCUAAAACGUACCCCC